UGUGGAGUACAAUUACCUCGAAAUUGCUGCUUUACCCCCUUGACCUGACGAGGAUUUUACCUAAAACCGCUUUCAGCCUCCCUCAGUCUGAGGCUAUGAGAGGGAGAGAGGAGUCCCAGGCCGCACCAUCAUGCUGCUUCUGAGAUGCUGGGAUGAGACUUUGGCUGGCAAAACACAAGGUAUUACUCUCCCACUCCUACACCAUGCCUGUCUGCGGAUGCCGUGGCUGCUCCUCAGCUUACGGCCAUGCCAGGGCCUGCUCUGGCACCCCCUCGGUUGCUCAGGAGCACGAACGGGUCGGAACCCUGCAUCCACCCCCGCCACCAUCGCUCCACUGCCGCACCGGUUCCUCUCUCUGCCUGUCUUUCCUUCUCCUGCUGCUAUGCCUUCUCCACCUGCCCCCGGCCUGCCACUCACGGAGAGAGAAGCCCGGCGGAGGAGGCGGUGGUGGCCAUUACAUUCCCAUCCCUCAGCCUCCUCCCCACCACAUGGCCCUGCCCAACAUCUUGCGUGGCCUCAGCAUCGCUGUCGUCUUGGUGGGCAACUCCAGUGAAGUGGCGCUGGCUGGGGCCAGAGAGAAGGAGGACUUCCUUCACAUGGCGCCAAAUGUUGAAGUGCUGACCAUGAAUGAGACGGACCCUAAAAGCAUUAUCAAGAGCAUCUGUGACCUAAUGACAGAGCACUGGCUGCAGGGCGUUGUGUUUGGGGAUGACACUGACCAAGAGGCCAUCGCCCAGAUCCUAGACUUCAUUUCAGCCCAGACCCAUAUCCCCAUUCUCGGAGUACGUGGGGGCUCCUCCAUGAUCAUGGCUGCCAAGGACGACCACUCCAUGUUCUUUCAGUUUGGCCCCUCCAUCGAGCAGCAGGCGUCAGUCAUUUUGAACAUCAUGGAGGAAUACGACUGGUACAUCUUCUCCAUUGUCACAACGUACUACCCGGGUUAUCAGGACUUUGUCACCAAGAUUCGUAGUACCAUCGAGAACAGCUUUGUGGGCUGGGAAUUAGAGGAAGUUCUGCUACUUGACAUGUCCGUGGAUGAUGGCGAUUCAAAGAUCCAAAACCAACUGAAGAAGCUCCAGAGCCCCGUCAUUCUUCUCUACUGCACAAAAGAAGAGGCCAACACGAUCUUUGAGGUGGCCCACUCUGUUGGGAUCACCGGCUAUGGCUACACAUGGAUAGUGCCCUCGCUGGUUGCUGGAGAUACUGAUGUAGUGCCGGCAGAGUUCCCCACAGGCCUGCUCUCUGUGUCCUAUGAUGAAUGGGACUACGGCUUAGAGGCUCGGGUUCGCGACGGCGUGGCAAUCAUCACUAUGGCAACUUCCACCAUGAUGAUGGACCGCGGGCCUCACACCCUCUUGAAGUCUGAGUGCCACGGAGCUCCUGACAAAAAGACCCCCAUCUCAGGCAACCCCAACGAAGUGCUCAGGUACCUGAUGAAUGUGACGUUUGAGGGACGUAAUCUGUCGUUCAGUGAGGACGGAUACCAGAUGCAUCCCAAGCUGGUCAUCAUUCUGCUCAACAAGGAGAGGCAGUGGGACAGGGUGGGUAAAUGGGAGAACGGUUCCCUGUCCAUGAAGUACCAUGUGUGGCCUCGCUAUGAACUAUACGGGGGAGCAGCAACCAGGCAGGAUGACCACCUGUCCAUCGUGACAUUGGAGGAGGCUCCGUUCGUCAUUGUGGAAGACGUGGAUCCGCUUAGCGGGACUUGUAUGAGGAACACUGUACCCUGCCGCAAACAGAUAAAAUCAGUAAAUCAGACAAGAGAGUCAGGGAUCUACAUCAAGCGUUGCUGUAAGGGUUUCUGCAUUGACAUCCUGAAGAAGAUUGCCAAGUCAGUCAAAUUUACCUACGACCUUUACCUGGUCACGAAUGGGAAACAUGGCAAGAAAGUCAAUGGAACCUGGAACGGCAUGGUGGGAGAGGUGGUGUUAAAAAAUGCCCACAUGGCUGUCGGCUCUUUGACCAUCAACGAGGAGAGGUCGGAGGUCAUUGACUUUUCCGUCCCCUUUAUCGAGACAGGCAUCAGCGUCAUGGUCUCUCGCAGCAAUGGCACCGUUUCGCCGUCGGCUUUCUUAGAGCCCUUCAGUGCGGAUGUGUGGGUGAUGAUGUUCGUGAUGCUGUUGCUGGUGUCAGCAGUGGCUGUGUUUAUAUUCGAGUACUUCAGCCCUGUGGGCUACAACCGCUGUCUGGCUGACGGCAGAGAGCCUCACGGUCCAUCCUUCACCAUUGGUAAGGCCAUCUGGUUGCUGUGGGGUCUGGUCUUCAACAACUCUGUGCCGGUGCAGAACCCCAAAGGCACCACCAGUAAGAUCAUGGUAUCGGUGUGGGCCUUCUUUGCUGUCAUCUUUCUGGCCUCCUACACUGCCAACCUGGCCGCUUUCAUGAUCCAGGAGGAAUACGUGGACCAGGUGUCUGGUCUCUCAGACAAAAAGUUCCAGAGUCCCAACGACUUCUCGCCUCCGUUUCGUUUUGGCACCGUUCCCAAUGGAAGUACAGAGCGAAACAUUAGGAACAACUAUCCAGAAAUGCACUCCUACAUGACAAAGUUCCAUCAGAGAAACGUCAAUGAAGCUCUGCAGAGUCUCAAGUCUGGCAAACUGGAUGCUUUCAUUUAUGAUGCAGCCGUGCUGAACUACAUGGCUGGCAGGGACGAGGGCUGCAAGCUGGUGACCAUUGGCAGUGGCUACAUCUUUGCCACCACGGGGUACGGCAUCGCCAUCCAGAAGGAGUCACUCUGGAAGAGACCUGUGGACCUGGCCAUCCUGCAGCUCUUUGGAGACGGUGAGAUGGAGGAGCUGGAGUCCCUAUGGCUGACAGGGAUCUGCCACCACGAGAAGAAUGAGGUGAUGUCCAGCCAGCUGGAUGUGGAUAACAUGGCUGGCGUCUUCUACAUGCUGGGUGCUGCCAUGGCUCUUUCGCUCAUCACCUUCAUCUGUGAACACUGGUUCUACUGGCAGCUGCGCUUCUGCUUCAUGGGCGUCUGCUCCGGCCGGCCCGGCUUCGUCUUCACAAUCAGCAGGGGCAUUUACAGCUGUAUUCACGGGGUGCAGAUCGAAGAGAAAAGCAGCUCUGCAUUGAACUCGCCAUCGGCCACCAUGAACAACACUCAUUCCAACAUUUUGCGCCUCCUACGCACGGCCAAGAACAUGGCGUCCCUGUCGGGGGUGAACGGCUCACCGCACAGCGCUCUGGACUUCAUCCGCCGUGAAUCUUCUGUUUACGACAUCUCUGAACAUCGGCGCAGCUUGGCGGGCCACUCAGACUGCAAGCCACCCUACCUGCCAGAAGACAACAUGUUUAGCGACUACAUCAGUGAGGUAGAGAGGACGUUUAGCAACCUCCAUCUUAAGGACAGCAAUUUGUAUCAGGACCACUAUCUACACCACCAUGGCUCAACACUAGGGCUUAGCGGACCUCCUCCCAACAGACCCCAUAGUCUGGGCAGUGCUAGUUCUUUGGAGGGCGGCAUGUUUGAUUGUGACAGCCUGGGUGGAGGGGUGACUCCUAUCUUUACCACUCAGCCCUGCUCAGCACUGACCCACAGGAACAUGAGCAAGUUUGACCUGCUGUCUGGACAGACUCCUCCCUCGGGCCAGAGCUUCAAAGGAGGCCUGCCCGACCUGUACGGGAAAUUCUCCUUCAAAGGAGGUGCCUCGAGUUCCACUUACAUCCCUGGACAUAGCUAUUGCCCGGGGAGAGGAGAUGACGAUGGGAAUAUACGCUCAGAUGUGUCAGACAUUUCCACGCACACAGUAACUUACGGAAACUUGGAGGGUAAUGCCAAGAAGCGCAAACAGUACCGUGAUAGCCUGAAAAAGAGGCCGGCCUCUGCCAAGUCCAGACGGGAGCUGGACGAGAUUGAGCUGGGCUACAGGAGGAAACCUUACCACAUCAGUCACCACCACUAUCAUGCCCACCGCUCUGCCUCCCCACCACUGCUGCCCUCUGAACGCAAGAGAGGUGGCGGAGGAAGUGGGGGAGGUGGAGGAGGAAACAACGAUGGAAACUCUUAUCUUUUCAGAGAAAAGGAGAGUGUUAGAGAUUUUUAUUUGGACCAGUUUCGGCCCAAAGAUGGUGUCCCUCAGUGGGAACAUGUGGACUUGACAGAGGGUCCUGGGAGCAGAGACGGAGGUGUAAGUACCUGCACCUCCCUGGUACCAGUGGAAGACUUUCUUCAGAGCAAACCCAAGAAGUCAGAUUCAAAGAGCGGGGGAGGUUCUGGAUUGGCAGGGGGAGAGUGGGAGUGCAGGAACUGUCGGGCUAGCGGGGGAUUAGGGGGCAAGCAGAUGUCCAUGCAUGGAAGUGGGUAUGGUGGCGGUAUGAGCUGUGGGUCCUCAGCGGGUGGAGGAGGCAGCCGCCCCAGCUCUGCAACUUGCAUGCGCUGCGAAGGUUGUAAAAAGACAGGAAACCUCUACGAUAUCAGCGAGGACAACAACCACCUCUUGGAACAGAUGGGGGGAGGGUCAGGUGGGGGAGGAGGGGGAGGUAUGGGCGCGGGCCCUCAGUCUCAAUCUCAGGCACAGCAGAGGCGGAAGAGCGGCGGUUUCGGCAAGCCACUUCGGCGGCAGCAUUCAUAUGAUGCAUUUGUCGAUCUUCAGAAAGAGGAAUCAGGUGGGAUGGGCAGUUUGAUGGGCUUAGGAGGAGUCGGAGGCAUGAGUGGUGCAGGCAUGGGAGGAAUGCUGCCCCCACCCAGAAGUGUUAGCUUGAAGGAAAAAGAACGCUACAUGGAAGGCAGCAGCCCCUUCGCACACAUGUUUGAGCGUCACGGGGGCUCUGAGAGAGAAAGGGAAAGAGACAGGGAUCCAUUGUUUUAUGGAGGUGAGAGCCAGUCGGGCCUCUUCAGAGGUGGUGAAGGCGUCCACCGCCGCUCCAUCGGAGAGAGGGACAUGAGAGACAGAGACAGGUCUUUGAUGGAGGGAGGGGGUGGGGCAGCGUUCUCUUUAUCCAAAUCUCUUUACCCCGACCGGGUAAACCAAAACCCCUUUAUACCCACCUUUGGCGAUGACCAGUGUCUGAUGCACGGAGCCAAACAAUAUUACAUGAAAAAGCAACAGCAGCAGCAACAGGUUGCCAAAAACAGCCGAAGUGACUUCAGGAGCCAGAUGAGCGCAACGUCAUAUCUGCCAGCAUCUGCCAACACCGGGGUGAUGUCCAGUGCAACACCCCGGUUCCCGAAAGAGCUCAGCCUUGGUGGAAUGAACCACCAUGGCUCCAUGCUGGGGGUAGGACCCCCACGUCCCUUCAAUGGAAGCAAUGGCCAUGUGUACGAGAAACUCUCCAGCAUUGAGUCUGACGUGUGAAAGACAAAUGUGGGAGGAGGGGUGGGAAAAUGGCAGGGGGGGGAGUGAGGAGAGCAAUAGAAGCGCAUCUAGUUUUAGGAGAUCAGGGAUGAUUUUAAAGACGCUGUAAACACACUGUAACCCUAGCCCAUAUUGAGAGGUAAGGAUCAGAGGGGGAAAAGAUAAGGGACUAAGGAGGAAAAGACUGAAAGGUGGAGACUGAAAUGAAAAAUGUGUAGAAGGAAAGGGGGAAUAAAGGAUUUAGAUUUUUCUUUUUUUUUUUUGCAAGAAAAUAUGGGUAACAAAUCAGGACACCCUGGGGAGGUGUGGGAUAUUACCCCCCUUCUCUCAGAAAUGGCCAAAGCUACUCU